AUGACUUUUUCAAUGACCCGUAAGAGAGCGUACAAUUGGUACAUCUCUUGCGUUGCAGCAUCAUGUAUGGUACUCUACGGCUACGAUGCAUCUGUAUUCAACUCAGUCCAGGGUUCCAAGAACUGGCUCGCUUGGAUGAACCACCCAAAUGCGUCGACAAUCGGCUCAAUUAAUACAGCAUACACGGUCGGUGCUAUCUUUGGUGGUUUCUUCCUGGGAGGCCCGUGUGCAGACUUCCUGGGCCGCAAACUUGGAAUGGGCAUUGGCUGUAUUUUGGUCAUUAUUGCCACCUUUAUGCAAACCUUCGCUCCUCACCACGAUCUUGCCUGCUUCCUUGCCGGUAGAUGCAUUAUUGGUAUUGGCCAGGGUAUCGCAUUGACUGCGGGCCCUAUCUACAUUGGUGAAUUGGCUCCGCCAGAGAUCCGUGGUAAGAUCAUGACUUUCUGGCAGAUGUUCUACUCUGUUGGAUCGUUCAUCUGCUUCUGGAUCAACUUUGCCUGCACUAAAAAUGUUCCCCAGCUGGGUGAGUGGGACUGGAGAUUGGUUGUUAUUUUCCAGCUUUUGGUUCCUAUUUUGAUCCUUGCCCUCCUGCCGACUAUCCCCGGUAGCCCUCGUUGGUAUAUCCGGAGAGGAAACAACAUCGAGAAGGCCCGUGAAGCUCUCCGAAGAGUUCGUGAUACCGAGGAGGAAGUCGAGCAAGAGCUGCUGGAGAUUCGUGAGGCUAUCGAAUACGAGAAGGAAGCUAUCUCUAGCAAUUACUCGGCUCUCUGGAAAGACAAGUCUCUCCGCAAGCGCAUGGGUCUAGCUCUGGUUCUCAAUGCCGGCCAACAGAUCACCGGACAAGGCUCACUCAACUCAUACUCUACCAAGAUCUACCAGAAGGUGUUUACCAGCGACAGUCAGAUUGCUCUGAUCAACGCUCUGAACGCCACCUUUGGAAUUUUCUUCACCCUGAACGCCGUCUGGAUUGUUGAUCGAUUCGGGAGAAAGUUCCUCUUGAUUGUCGGUGGUAUCGGCAUGGGUCUGUGCAUGAUCAUUGUCUCCGCCGUCGAAACAGAAACACCACAACUUGCCAAUGGAGCCAAGUCGGAGCCUGUCGGUAUAUCGAUUGUGUUCCUUCUGUUCUUGUUCAUCUUAUUCUACAAACCAUCUUGGGGCGCAACAGUAUGGAUCUGGACGUCUGAGAUUUUCUCAAUGAACGUUCGCGCACAGGCCGUAGGUAUGGCAUCGCAGACUCAGAACAUCGCCAACGCCAUCGUGCAGCAAUUCUUCCCUCUUUUCCUCGACAACGAGGGCUUCUAUGCCUUCUACAUGUUUGCCGGUAUUAACUUCCUACUUGCCGUCUUCGUUUGGUUCCUUAUUCCGGAGACCAAGCAGGUUCCCCUUGAGGAGAUUGAUAUUCUAUUUGGCGGUGCUAACCAUGUUGCUCGGGGAGAGGAGGUGAUGGCACACCAGAAGGGGGUUCAGAUGAGCCACGAAGAAAGCAAGCAGCCUGGUGCUGUUGCUGUUGAGCAUACUCGGAACUAG